UCCGCGGGGCCCGGCCCGGCCCGGCCCGGCCUCCCCGGGGCGCCGCGGCGGAGGAGGAGCGCGGCGGCCCAAGAUGGCGGCGGCGCUGAGGCGGCGGGCGGGCGGCGGGGCCGCGGGGCUGCGGCGGGGCCCGGGGUUGUGGCGGGGCCUGUGCCGGCAGCGCAGCACUUUCGACGUGGCGGUGGUGGGCGCGGGCAUCGUGGGGCUGGCCUCGGCGCGGGAGCUCGUCCGGCGGCACCCCUCGCUGGCCUUCGCCGUGCUGGAGAAGGAGCGGGAGCUAGCUCAUCACCAGAGUGGACAUAACAGUGGUGUGAUUCACAGUGGGAUUUACUACACACCUGGAUCUCUGAAGGCCAAGCUGUGUGUGGAGGGUGCAGCCCUCUGCUAUGAGUACUGUGACCAGAAGGGAAUACCUUAUAAACAGUGUGGGAAGCUAAUUGUAGCUGUUCAACAAGAGGAAAUUCCAAGACUCAAAGCUCUGUAUGAAAGAGGGCUGCAGAACAACGUCCCAGGUCUGAAACUGAUUGGAGCAAAAGAAAUACAAGCAAAAGAGCCUUUCUGCAGGGGGCUGAUGGCCCUUGACUCCCCAUACACUGGCAUUGUGGAUUACAAACAAGUGGCCCAGGCCUAUGCUGAAGACUUCCAGGAAGCAGGUGGGACCAUCCUGACUGAUUUUGAAGUUACAAACAUGGAGAUGGCUAAAGAAGGUUCUUCAGAAAUGGAAGAUGGACUGAAAUACCCACUUGUUGUGAGGAGCUCAAAGGGUGAGGAGAUCUCCUGUGGACACAUUGUGACCUGUGCAGGGCUUCACUCUGACCGCCUGUCUGAGAUCAGUGGCUGCAGCCCCGAGCCCCGGAUUGUGCCUUUCCGUGGGGAUUACUUGGUGCUGAAACCAGAAAAGUGCUACAUGGUGAAAGGAAAUAUUUAUCCAGUUCCCAAUCCUCGGUUCCCUUUCCUGGGAUUUCAUUUCACACCAAGAAUGGAUGGCAGCAUUUGGCUUGGUCCUAAUGCAGUACUGGCCUUUAAAAGAGAGGGCUACAAAUUGUUUGACUUCAGCACUGGGGACUUUUUAGAUGCUGUCAUGUACAGUGGGUUGUGGAAGCUUGUGCUGAGAAACUUGUCUUAUGGGCUGGGUGAAAUGUACAGAGCAUGUUUCCUUAGUGCACAAGUGAAGGAACUUCAGAAGUUCAUCCCUGAGGUCACCGUCAAUGAUGUACUCAGGGGUCCAUCUGGAGUGAGAGCUCAAGCCUUGGACAGUGAUGGAAAUCUGGUGGAUGACUUUGUAUUUGACGGAGGCAGCGGAGAUCUUGGGAGCAGAAUUCUUCAUGUCAGAAAUGCCCCUUCUCCUGCUGCCACCUCCUCCCUGGCCAUUGCAAAAAUGAUUGCAGACGAAGUGAAGCGAAGAUUCGAAUUGUGAAGUGAUCGGCGGGUGUCGUGCAGUUCUGCCCCUCUUGUAUGUGUAGCAGUUUGUCUGCAUUGAGUGAACUCUGCAGCCUUUAAAUGAGAGAAAAGAGGCAACGUGUUCCCUGCCAGACCAGCAGUUGAGAUGUUUGCCAUUGCCAGCUCACCACUUCCCAGCUUCCUGAAGCAAGGAGUGGUGGUGCCUGCUGAGACCUGGAGUGGUAGGGCCACCUGCAGAGGAGAAGCAAACAGCCCUGUCUGCAGGAGCAGCCCGUGGAGCAGCUGAUGCCAAGCACAGCCAGGAGGCUCCCUCAGGGCUCUUAGUGGGUCAUUAUGUGGAGCAGGGAGAGCCCCGUGGUGGGGUUGCCCACCAGGACUUCCCAUGGUCCAAACAGUUGCCUCCUCCUCACACUCCGAAGGAGGUGGUUGAUGCUCUGCAAAGCCAAGAGCAUGGAGGUGUUCUCUGGGUGCUUCCUCUCUGACUCCAUUUAAUUUGGAGUCUGCAGUCCCCUAGCUGACAGCAAAGUAAUGGAGAUAGAAGGAUAAGCCCUGCUUAAGGGUUCUGCUGAUAUGGAAUUAAGGGCUUUAUCAGAGACUGAAAACAAUAUUCAGAGCCUUCCACAUGAGUGUAGAGUAUUCCAGAGACAAAUAAGCCUAAUAAGGGAUUACCAAAUCCAAGUCAAUUUAGAUAUGUCAUUCAGAUACUCUAUCUGAUCACUGUAUCGUUUUACAGAGCUGAAAUUAAAAUGUAUUCUUAAGCAGUAAUUUUUCACUGAAGUUAAACCUGGGAAGUCGGCUCUGCUCAGAAACUACUUCAGUGGGUUUUGGGGUUUGGGUUUGCUUUUUUUUUUUUUUUCCUUUUGAAUACUGGUAAUGCAGAAGGAGCUUAUCUUUGUACAGCAUGUUGAGCAAUCCGGUGGAAAUGGUCUUUGUAAAAGCAAAUGUGAAGGGAGGGAAGCUACAGAAACCUGUCUGAAUUGAGUCAUGUUGCUUGCUGCUUCCCUUGGAGCCCAAACAGAGUGAGUCAGGAAGGCUUCCCCUGUCCCACCUGGCAGGCAGGAGGGGAGCUCAGAAGGUGCUGGUUCCUCUCCUGAAUUCUUACUGAUAUUUGAAGUUUUAUCAAAGGUACACCUGGCAGAGAGUCUCUGGAGAAGGUGCUUUAAACCACAGAGUGAUGUUAAACACAUUUGGUACUGAGCUAACUGAGUAUCUUGGUGUGCUCUCUGUAAUUGCUAGGAAAACGAAUUACGUGGCCCCAGGGACAAAGUACUUGAGAGUAGUUUUAAAGCAGAUGUUCACAGGAUGUUGGGUAAUACAGAUAAUUGUGGGUAGUUUGCUACCAGGCAGUUUGCCAUGCUGCUGUUUUGUUGGUUUUUAAAGUUGCUUUCUGCACUCCUCUGACAUGCAUGAGGAGUGUGUUAGCUUGGGAGGUCAGGUGUGCUAGCGGAUGUUUGUGCUGUAGAGAGCUGAGCUGCUUUUGGGACAGAAAGGGCUUAACCUGCCUUUUCCUUUUCUGAUUUUUUUUUUUUUUCCUGGUGACAUCUGCUUCACUUAGAGAAGUGAUUCCCAAAUAAGGGCAACCUGGAAAUUCAAAUAAUUAGCCCUUCAAAUCAAAGCUCUUGUCAUCAUUAUUCUUAGGCACAGUAACACUGGACAGGGAUUCAGCUCUUCCAAGUGCUGAAAUGCCACAUGGCUGUGUAACUGAGAUCUUCACAAUGGAACAAUCAUCCUUUCCCUCCCCACCAGAAGUGUUGCCUAUCAACAGUAAAUACUACAAAAGGAUUGCAAAAGCCACUUCCUCCCACACGAGGUGUGUCCCUAACAUGUAUUAACAGAAUAAAGAACAUGAAAAUGUAAAGCAGUCAUACACUACGGUGAAUCUUAAGUCAGCACAAUUAGCUGUGCAGUUUGCUGUGCUUUUCUCCUUCAGGAGGAGUUUAACUGAAGCUUUUAAAUGAUGAUUUUUUAAUGUAGCAUUCUGUGAAAUAUUUAUCUUUUGGGAAAUAGUUACAAACCUUUUUUAAAGGACUAAUGUCAGAGAAUUAGGAUCACAGGGUUUCGUACAUAAAUCUUGUUGCCCGCAAAGUGUGAAAAUGUAUUAAUAUAUUUUCUGAAAGGGUCUAAUUCACUUGGAUGGCUUAACUGUGCCUUUAUUAUGAUUAAAAUAACAUGGUGUGUUGUUUGUUGGGUUUUUUUUAAUUGAAAUAAGGUCUGUGUCUUUCUACUGACUUACCCAAAAGUUUCACUGGUAUUUGUUUAUUCUCAUCUGCAUAGGGCAGGAUACAGCUCUGUGUAAUAGGAAUUGCUUUACUAGGAGACACAGCCAACCAAAAGUGUCUUUCUGAAGUACUUGUAUCUUAUCUGUGCUUAUCACACUGCACAGCUUUUCCUGACACAGGUAUGUACACAGUGGACAGCACGAGUCUUAAGCCUGAUCCGGACCUGUAACGGUGUGUGGGAUGGUAACUCUUGGAAUUCUGAAUAAAUACAUUAGGACA